AAUUAACUGAGCGUUUGUGAAGGAACAUUCUCCAAUAACCACUAAUUUAUCCUCCCAUAACGUGCGUGAUACAAAAUUUUAGUCGAUAAUUUAACCAUCACCGGCUGAGCAGUGAAAUCGUGAACAUGGUUGAAGACAUAGUGGUUUCUACUUCAAACGGUCGAAUUCGAGGUAAAACCCAAAAGAAUUUCGACGGGGAAAAUUACUGUGCUUUUUACGGAAUCCCGUACGCCAAAGCUCCUGUAGGCGAGCUUCGAUUUAAGGCGCCACAACCGGCGGAACCUUGGCAAGAAAUCUGGGACGGUACUAAAGAAGGUUGCGAAUCUCCUUCCGUCUUCAUUCCGUAUAAAUUCCAAACUGGCCGAGAGGAUAAUUGCCUGCACUUGAACAUUUACACACAAAAGCUACCUCGCGAGAAUGAAGACAUUAAAAGACCUGUAAUCGUUUACAUCCACGGUGGAAGUUUCUAUUAUGGAAGUAAUAGAAGCUACAUAUACGGACCUGAAUAUUUAAUGACACAAGAUGUAGUACUAGUGGUGUUGAACUUCAGAUUAGGAGUUUUAGGUUUCCUCAGCUUGGACGAUCCCUCCUUAGAAGUUCCCGGUAACGCUGGUUUAAAGGACCAAAUUUUGGCUCUUAAAUGGGUUCAAAGCAACAUACACAAUUUCGGCGGGGAUGCGAAUAAUGUGACGAUUGUUGGACAAAGCUCCGGCAGCGCUUCGGUGCAUUAUUUAGUUUUAUCACCACUUUGUAAAGGCCUCUUCCACAAAGCGAUAAUGCAAAGCGGCUGCGCUUUGAAUUACUGGGCGAAUGGAAAACGAAACGCCAAAGAAAUAGCCAAGUUAAUGGGUUACGAUGAGAACAUAGACGAAAAAUCUUUGCUGGAAAAGCUCCAACAGGCCAGCGUUAAAUCGAUCAUUCACGCCCAAACUGAAAUGGAAGACCCGUUCUACGCGAGUGUAAUUCGUCCAUUCGGACCCGUAGUGGAAUAUCCCCACGAAGGAGCUUUGAUCACAGAACCACCCGAAGUCCUAAUGAAAACUGGCAACUUCAACCACAUACCAAUUAUCCUCGGUUACACGUCAAAGGAAGGUUUAAUGUUCGAAAUGCUCAGAAAGACUCGCAGUGACGUAAGUUUACCUACAAAUUUAGAAAGGGACAUUCCAUUCAGCUUAAAUGUCCAAAAAGGAAGCCAAGAAGCUACAGAUUUUGCUAAGGAAUUGAAGAACUUCUAUUAUAAAGAUAAAGACAUUACCGAAGAACAUAUUGAUAAUUAUUAUGUAUUAUUUGGUGAUACGGUAUUCGUAGAGGGCAUUCAGAAGACUGCUAGCCUCAUCAGAUCCCACCAAAAAUCACCAGUCUACCUAUACAGAGUAAAUAUAAAUAGUUCAUUGAAUCUGCUAACGAAUUGGUGUCAAUCUACUUACCACAACUUACUAUUGAUCUUGACGGGCUCUGCGUACUUCUUGAACUUUUCAAUGUUCAAUAAACUCGUAUCUUAUCUGAAGAUGAAGCUAAUAAAUAAGAAGGUAGAUGGAGUUACGCACGGCGAUGAAAUGUUCUACCUGUUCAAAGGCAUGCUAUCGCCUGGUGCAGAGAAAGGUAGCGAAGAGGAGUUGCACAUAAGGAGGUUCGUUAAAUUGUGGACGAAUUUCGCCAAAUACGGCGAUCCCACGCAGGAAUCGGUUGAAAUUCUUGGCGAUGCCAAAUGGCCUCCGUUAGACGAGAGUUUGGAGAAUGUAUUCGAAAUCGGAAAUACUUUGGAAGUUACUAAAAACGUUGAAAAAGAAAGGGUAGAUUUCUUGCAUAAACUUUAUAAUCAAUAUAGCUGAACCACAACAAAAAUGGAUUAUUGAUCCGAAGAUAUUUCAAAUUCGUUGUUAAAAAUAAAGAAAAUGUAGAGUUAAAGUUUAUUAA